AUGUUUUUUGAAAUAACAUUCACGUUGAUUCGUAAAGCAGAACCUACAGAAAUAAAAGGUUAUAUAAUUGGUGCAGAUGGGGAGGCAAAGGUGGCCAAGGAAAGGAUCGAGGCGGUGGAGCCGGAGAAGAACUUGAUCACCUUCAAGGUUCUAGAAGGUGAUCUAAUGAAAGAGUACAAGAGCUUUGUGAUCACAAUCCAGGUGACCCCUAAGCAUGGAGGGUCUGGUAGUAUUGCGCACUGGCACCUUGAGUACGAGAAAAUUAGCAAUGAGGUUGCUCACCCUGAAACUCUCCUCCAGUUCUGUGUCGAAAUUUCCAAAGAGAUCGAUGAACAUCUCUUAACCGAAGAGUAG